AGGCUAUUCAGUCAUAGUGAGAGCGAACAGCGACAGGACGAGUAAAUGCAGCGCGCGCCAGGCAGGAACGGUACUCGUCAAACAAGUGUAACGUUUCUUGAACUGUUUAAGUAUUUAUGGAGAGUGUCGCCUUUUCCACCAACAGGCAUAGGCUACUUAAAGAAGGACUGAAAUUUCAUGCUGGCUCCCAAUUUUCUCGGCUGGCCAAACCGUGGACAUAAAUGCCUAGAACAGAGAAGACCAAUGUGAUGCAUCUGCACGAGAGGAAAAUCACUCGACUAAGAUGGGUAAUAAGCAAACGAUAUUUACUGAUGAACAGCUAGACGCCUAUCAGGACUGCACCUUCUUCACCCGCAAAGAGAUUCUUCGCUUGCAUGGAAGAUACCACGAGCUGGCUCCACAUUUGGUUCCAAUGGACUACACCAAUGACCCUGACGUUAAAAUCCCUUUAGCUCUCAUAGUCAACAUGCCGGAACUGAAGGAGAAUCCAUUCAGGAAUCGGAUUGUGGAAUCGUUCUCCGAAGAUGGCCAGGGGAACCUCAGCUUCAACGACUUUGUGGACAUGUUUUCGGUUCUCAGCGAAAUGGCUCCGAGAGAACUGAAAGCCAUUUAUGCUUUUAAAAUAUAUGACUUCAAUGUGGAUAAUUACAUCUGCAAGGAGGACUUAGAACAGACUCUAAACAGGUUAACAAAGGAGGAGUUAACACCGGAGGAGGUUGUUCUGGUGUGUGAGAAGGCCAUUGAGGAGGCCGACCUGGAUGGAGACAGCAAGCUCUCCUUUGCUGACUUUGAGAACAUGAUCUCGAGGGCUCCUGACUUUUUAAGCACCUUCCAUAUACGAAUCUAAAAUGGCUUCAACGGAAGAUACCAAUGCUGACGUUCCUUGAACAGACAAGUCCACAUCGAAGGAUAAAUGUCAACCGUUUUCCUUUGGUUUUUUGCACCGGAAGCACACUAGAUGGGAUUACUGACAAAUGCAUGGCUGUUUUUUCAGAAAACAUUGGAUCAGAAAUUCCUUGGGUUUUCAGAGAGACAAAAAUGGAAAGGUGAGGCCUUUUGUGGGUUUGACCCACACACCUGCUCCUGGAGUAAAACUAAUGCGGGCGUAAACCGCUUUUAUGGGCUUCUACCUAUGUCCGUGGCACAUUGAACAACAUUUUGACUCACUCUUCUGUUUCUAAAGACUCUUAUGCGGGAUCAAAUAAAUCAUGGGACAGUUU